AACCCCCCUUCACAUAUCCCAUUUCUCUCCUCUCUCUCUCUCUCUCUCUCUCUCACGUCAGCCACCACCACCCACCGCCAGAUCUUCAAAUCGAAAAGCAUCUCCUCUAUCUCUUCGGCCACCGAUUCAGCAUUUUUCAGCAGCUGAUUGCAAAAUUCAGUGGUUGAACGUUUGCUUGUGUCGAAGAAGAUAGUGGAGGUGCCAAGCUUUUUUCAGUUCACGGUGGCGGUGGCGUUCGACUUCUAGGUUUAGGGUUUCCCUGAAUUGGAUGAGUAAGGUGGUGGUGGUGGUUUCUUUCUUUGUUUCCAGAGAGAUUUUAGAUUGUGUUAGGGGAGAGUGUGGUUUGGUCAUUCAUAGUCGCGGUAGGUGGGAUAAAUGUGGCUGAUUUAAUUAUUCCUUUCCCAAUUCCGGCAUCAAUCGCUACUACCCUUUUGUUCUCGUUAGGUUUUCUUUGAUUUUCUCUACUAUUCCGUUAGUUUGUGGGGUUCUCUUGAUCUGAUUUCCAGAAACAGGAAUUACACCUUGUGAGAUCAAUCUCAAUUUUCGGACGAUUACGAUGCAACAAGAUCCGCGCAGAAAGAAUCCAAAAGAGGUUGAAUUCUUCACGGAGUAUGGUGAAUCAAAUCGAUACAAAAUUUUGGAGAUCAUAGGGAAGGGAAGUUAUGGAGUCGUUUGUUCAGCUAUCGACACACACACCGGGGAAAAGGUUGCAAUCAAGAAAAUAACCGACAUAUUUGAUCAUGCAUCCGAUGCUAUUCGAAUUCUGCGUGAAAUCAAAUUGCUAAGGCUAUUAAGGCAUCCUGAUAUUGUUGAAAUUAAACGGAUCAUGUUACCACCAUCAAGACGAGCCUUUAAAGAUAUUUAUGUAGUAUUUGAACUCAUGGAAUCCGAUCUUCACCAAGUUAUAAAAGCCAAUGAUGACUUGACACAUGAACACCAUCGUUUUUUCCUCUAUCAAAUGCUACGAGCUUUGAAGUAUAUGCAUACAGCAAAUGUUUAUCAUCGAGAUCUUAAACCGAAGAACAUAUUAGCAAAUGCAAAUUGUAAGCUCAAAAUAUGCGAUUUUGGAUUAGCUAGAGUUGCAUUUAAUGAUGCCCCACAAGCCGUUCUUUGGACAGAUUACGUGGCAACAAGAUGGUACAGAGCACCCGAGCUAUGUGGAUCAUUUUCUUCAAAGUAUACUCCAGCUAUUGAUAUAUGGAGCAUAGGGUGUAUUUUUGCAGAAGUAUUGACAGGAAAACCACUUUUCCCUGGUAAAAGUGUUGUUCAUCAGUUGGAAUUUAUAACCGAUCUUCUCGGGACACCAUCAGCAGAUACAAUUUCUGGAGUUCGUAAUGACAAGGCAAGAAAGUACUUAAUGGACAUGCGUAAAAAGCAACCCGUUCCAUUUUCACAAAAAUUCAUAAACAUCGACCCUUUAGCCCUUCGCCUCUUACAAAGAAUGUUAGCAUUUGAUCCAAAAGAUCGCCCAACUUCCGAAGAGGCUUUAGCGGAUACGUAUUUCAAGGGGUUGGCUAAAUUAGAACGCGAGCCUUCGUGUCAAUCAAUCUCAAAGAUGGAGUUUGAAUUUGAGAGGCGAAGGGUUACAAAAGAGGACAUUCGGGAAUUAAUAUUUCGAGAAAUUCUUGAGUAUCAUCCUCAAUUGCUAAAAGAUUAUAUGGCGGGAAACGAAAACACAAAUUUUCAUUAUCCAAGUGCUAUCGGUCAAUUUCGUAGGCAAUUCGCGUAUUUAGAGGAAAACGGUGGGAAAAGUGGGCCCGCUAUGCCUCUAGACCGAAAACACACAUCCCUACCAAGAUCUUCGGUUAAUUCAAGCAUGAUUGCUUCUAGACCGCAACAAAACACAGUGUCAUUUGACAAUAGACGAGUAAUAGAUAACACAAUCACUAGCACUAGCAGUAGAGUAACCGAUACUCCGGGAAACGUGCCACCUUACAAGGCGGCCGCCUCCACUACUCGACCGCCACCCAAGAUGCCAACGCCCACCAUCGGUAAUCAAGGAAGAGGGAUAGGGCCGGCGUUACCUUAUGAAGAAGUGUACGACCCGCGGGUCAUGGUUAAAAAUACGGUUGCACCACAAUAUGUAUAUAUGACAACAAACGGGCCGGAACCCGUUAGGGACCCAAUGGGUCCAAGCCCACACCCAUACCAACAACCAAAAUUGAGUGGGGGGAUUGUGAUCGACCUAAAUAGUAACCCGUAUUACACCCAACCACCACAUGGGCACCAUGUGGUGCACACACAUGGACAUGAGGUGCACCCUCAGGGUCAAACACAGUUCGGUCAUGGUCAUGGUCAUGGUCAUGUAACCGCUAAUGCGGCUCAUACUGUUGUUCAAAUCGGACUUUCUUGAAACAUGUUUUAUAUUUGGGUCGGGUCGGGUUAUGGUAACUUGGAAAUGGUGUUUAGUUGCUAGUUUCUUGUCUUGUAAAUGAUGAACUCCUUUUAGUGAUGAAAAAUGAAAGAGUGGUUUUGUUA